GAGCCCGGAGCGCGAGGUCCGGGGAUGCGAGCGGCCGGGAGCCGCCGCGCUGCUGAGCCGGGAGAACUCGAUCCGCGGUGACCUCAAGGGGCGAGCGCGGCGGCAGUGAGCCCCGCGGGAAUCCUCGGGGCCGGGGUGCGGGGGGCGGAGACGGCGGGAGCGCGGGGCGCAGCCCGGGCGGGGCUGGGACAGUGAUGAGCGAGCGCGCGGGGAGGCUGCACGCCGCCGCCGCCGCCGUCCGGAGCAUCUGCCGCCUGAGCUGCUGCCCGCGGACCCGGCCAUGGAGACGCUGAACGGCCCCGCGGGCGGAGGUGCCCCGGACGCGAAGCUGCAGCCGCCCGGCCAGCACCACCGCCACCACCACCUCCACCCGGUGGCCGAGAGGCGGCGGCUGCACCGUGCGCCCUCGCCCGCCAGACCCUUCCUCAAGGACCUGCACGCCCGGCCCGCCGCGCCCGGCCCGGCCGUCCCCUCCUCGGGCCGAGGCCCGGCGCCCGCCGCCCCGCGCUCGCCCAACCUCGCGGGCAAAGCGCCGCCCUCGCCGGGGUCCCUGGCCGCGCCCGGCCGCCUCUCUCGGCGCAGUGGCGGCGUCCCGGGCGCGAAGGACAAGCCCCCGCCGGGCGCCGGGGCCAGAGCGGCGGGCGGUGCCAAGGCUACCCUGGGAAGCAGGAGGGCGGCGCGCGUGGCGCCCGCGGAGCCGCUGUCCCGGGCUGGGAAGCCUCCCGGAGCCGAGCCGCCGUCUGCCGCUGCCAAGGGCCGCAAAGCCAAGCGCGGCUCCCGGGCGCCACCCGCCCGCACCAUCGGCCCCCCGACCCCGGCCGCCCGGAUCCCUGCCGUGACCCUCGCGGUGACCUCGGUGGCCGGGUCCCCGGCCCGCUGCUCGCGCAUCAGCCACACGGACAGCAGCUCCGACCUCUCUGACUGCCCCUCCGAACCCCUGUCCGACGAGCAGCGCCUGCUCCCUGCCGCCAGCAGCGACGCCGAAUCCGGCACGGGCUCCAGCGACCGUGAACCCCCACGAGGAGCGCCGACGCCGAGCCCCGCAGCCCGGGGAGCGCCGCCGGGCAGCCCAGAGCCCCCAGCGCUCCUCGCCGCGCCUCUCGCCGCGGGCGCCUGUACCGGGGGCCGGAGCAUCCCGGGCGGGGUUUCGGGGGGUUUCGCGGGGCCCGGCGUGGCGGAGGAUGUCCGGGGGCGCUCGCCGCCAGAGCGACCAGUCCCCGGGACCCCCAAGGAGCCCAGCCUGGGCGAGCAGCCUCGGCUCGUGCCAGCGGCGGAGGAAGAAGAGCUGCUGCGGGAGAUGGAGGAGCUGCGCUCGGAGAACGACUAUCUCAAGGAUGAGUUAGAUGAACUCCGUGCUGAGAUGGAAGAGAUGAGAGACAGUUAUUUAGAGGAAGAUGUUUACCAGCUGCAGGAACUUCGGCGAGAACUGGACCGUGCUAAUAAAAACUGCCGAAUCCUGCAGUACCGUCUUCGGAAAGCCGAGCAGAAAAGCCUGAAAGUGGCUGAGACGGGUCAGGUGGAUGGCGAGCUUAUUCGAAGCCUGGAGCAGGACUUGAAGGUAGCCAAAGAUGUAUCUGUCAGAUUGCACCACGAACUUAAGACGGUGGAGGAAAAGCGCACUAAAGCUGAGGAUGAAAACGAAACUCUCCGACAGCAGAUGAUUGAAGUGGAAAUAUCCAGACAGGCCCUCCAGAAUGAGCUGGAGAGACUGAAAGAGGUGGAAAUCAGAGAUGGUCAGCCUUUUGGAGAGACAGAUCCAGAGCCCACAACAUGCCUCUUGCGGUCUGGACACCACUGGUCCACACAGAGUUCCCUAAAAAGAAGAAGCACCCGGGAAAUGUACAAGGAGAAGAAAACCUUUAACCAGGAUGACAGUGCCGAUUUGAGGUGCCAGCUCCAGUUUGCCAAAGAGGAAGCCUUCCUGAUGCGCAAAAAGAUGGCCAAGCUAGGAAGGGAGAAGGACGAGCUGGAGCAGGAGCUCCAGAAGUACAAGUCCCUCUAUGGGGAUGUGGACAGUCCCCUGCCCACGGGGGAAGCAGGCGGGCCCCCCAGCACCCGGGAGGCCGAGCUGAAGUUGCGGCUGAAGCUGGUGGAGGAGGAAGCCAACAUCUUGGGCCGGAAGAUCGUGGAGCUGGAGGUGGAGAACCGUGGCCUCAAGGCAGAGAUGGAGGACAUGCGGGGCCAGCAGGAGCGGGAGGGCCCGGGUCGGGACCACGCACCCAGCAUUCCUACCUCACCCUUCGGUGACUCCCUGGAGUCCUCCACCGAGCUCCGCCGCCACCUGCAGUUUGUGGAAGAGGAAGCGGAGUUGCUCCGGAGGUCCAUCUCCGAGAUCGAAGACCACAACCGGCAGCUGACCCACGAGCUCAGCAAGUUUAAGUUUGAGCCUCCCCGGGAGCCGGGCUGGCUCGGGGAGGGUGCAAGUCCUGGUGCCGGGGGUGGGGCCCCCCUGCAGGAGGAGCUGAAGUCAGCCAGGCUGCAGAUCAGCGAGCUCAGUGGCAAGGUGCUCAAACUGCAGCACGAGAACCACGCGCUGCUGUCCAACAUCCAGCGCUGCGACCUAGCAGCCCACCUGGGGCUGCGUGCCCCCAGUCCCCGGGACAGCGAUGCCGAGAGUGAUGCAGGCAAGAAGGAGAGUGAUGGGGAGGAGAGCCGCCUGCCCCAGCCCAAGCGGGAAGGGCCUGUUGGUGGGGAGAGUGACUCGGAGGAGAUGUUUGAGAAGACGUCGGGCUUCGGGAGCGGGAAGCCAUCGGAGGCCAGCGAGCCGUGCCCCACGGAGCUCCUGAAGGCCCGGGAGGACUCUGAGUGCCUAGUGACCCUAAAACACGAGGCCCAGCGGCUAGAGCGGACGGUGGAGCGCCUCAUCACGGACACUGACAGCUUCCUCCAUGAUGCGGGGCUGCGGGAUGGUGCGCCCUUGCCAGGGCCUGGCCUCCAGGGCGAAGAGGAGCGGGGUGAGGGGGACCAGCAGGAGCCCCACCUGCUGGGGAACAUCAACGCCAAGAUGAAGGCUUUCAAGAAAGAGCUGCAGGCCUUCCUGGAGCAGGUGAACCGCAUUGGGGAUGGCCUAUCCCCCUUGCCCCACCUCACAGAGUCCUCUAGCUUCCUCUCCACUGUGACUUCCGUGUCCCGGGACUCCCCCAUCGGGAACCUGGGGAAGGAGCUGGGCCCAGACUUGCAGUCCAGACUGAAAGAGCAGCUGGAGUGGCAGCUCGGGCCGGCCCGAGGGGACGAGCGGGAGAGCCUGCGCCUCCGAGCUGCGCGGGAGCUGCACCGCCGCGCAGAUGGGGACGCCGGGAGCCACGGGCUGGGAGGCCAGACCUGCUUCAGCCUGGAGCUCAGGGGCCCCCCUGUUUUACCUGAGCAGAGUGUAUCCAUAGAGGAGCUACAGGGUCAGCUCAUACAGGCGGCCAGACUGCAUCAAGAGGAGACAGAGACAUUUACAAACAAGAUCCAUAAGAUGGAGGAGGAGCACCUCUAUGCCUUGAGGUGGAAAGAACUGGAAAUGCACAGCCUGGCUUUGCAAAACACCCUCCAUGAGCGAACCUGGAGUGAUGAGAAGAAUCUGAUGCAGCAGGAGCUCCGGUCCUUGAAGCAGAACAUUUUCCUCUUCUACGUCAAACUCAGGUGGCUGCUGAAACACUGGCGGCAAGGGAAGCAGAUGGAGGAGGAAGGAGAGGAGUUCGCUGAGGGUGAGCAUCCAGAGACCCUCUCCGGGCUCGGGGAACUUGGAGUCCAGGGGGGUCACCAGGCGGAUGGCCCAGACCACGACAGUGACCGAGGCUGUGGCUUUCCAGUGGGGGAGCACUCCCCACACUCCCGGGUGCAGAUCGGAGACCACAGCUUGCGGCUGCAGACUGCGGACAGGGGACAGCCCCACAAGCAGGUGGUGGAAAACCAGCAGCUGUUCAGCGCCUUCAAGGCCUUGCUGGAGGACUUCCGUGCAGAGCUGCGGGAGGACGAGCGUGCCCGACUACGGCUGCAGCAGCAAUAUGCCAGCGACAAGGCGGCCUGGGACGUGGAGUGGGCCGUGCUCAAGUGCCGUCUGGAACAGCUGGAAGAGGAGACUGAGAACAAGUUGGGAGAACUAGGCUCCUCCGCUGAGAGCAAGGGGGCCUUGAAGAAGGAGAGAGAGGUGCACCAGAAGCUCCUGGCCGACAGUCACAGCCUGGUCAUGGACUUGCGCUGGCAGAUCCAUCACAGCGAGAAGAACUGGCACCGGGAGAAGGUGGAACUUCUCGACCGCCUGGACAGAGAUCGGCAGGAGUGGGAGCGGCAGAAGAAGGAACUCUUGUGGAGGAUAGAGCAGGGAAGCCUCCACAUGCCCCGUCCUGUGGCCAUGUGGCCUUGUGCAGACGCCGACUCCAUCCCGUUUGAAGACCGGCCACUGUCCAAGCUGAAGGAGUCGGACAGGUGCUCGGCCAGUGAGAAUCUCUACCUGGAUGCCUUGUCCCUGGAUGAUGAGCCAGAAGAGCCACCAGCCCACAGGCCCGAGAGGGAGUUCAGGAACAGCCUCACUGAGGAAGAAGAAAAUCACAAAGGAAAUCUUCAAAGGGCGGUGUCCGUGUCCUCCAUGUCUGAGUUCCAGCGUCUAAUGGACAUCUCCCCCUUCCUGCCUGAGAAGGGCCUGCCAUCCACCAGCAGCAAGGAGGACGUCACCCCACCCCUGUCUCCAGACGACCUCAAGUACAUUGAGGAGUUCAACAAGAGCUGGGACUACACACCCAACAGGGGCCACAAUGGUGGGGGGCCGGACCUUUGGGCCGACAGGACCGAGGUGGGGCGGGCAGGGCACGAAGACAGCACAGAGCCUUUCCCCGACUCCUCCUGGUACCUGACCACAAGUGUCACCAUGACCACGGACACCAUGACCAGCCCAGAGCACUGCCAGAAGCAGCCGCUGCGGAGCCACGUCCUCACCGAGCAGUCGGGGGUGCGCGUGUUACACAGCCCACCUGCCGUGCGCAGGGUCGACAGCAUCACGGCGGCGGGUGGCGAGGGUCCCUUUCCCACAAGCAGAGCCAGAGGGAGCCUGGGAGACACCAAGGGGGGCCCUCCAGAACCCAUGCUCAGCAGGUGGCCUUGCACCUCUCCUAGGCACUCCCGGGACUAUGUGGAGGGGGCACGGCGCCCCCUUGAUAGUCCCCUCUGUACCUCCCUGGGGUUUGCCUCCCCACUGCACAGCCUGGAGAUGUCCAAGAACUUGAGUGAUGACAUGAAGGAGGUGGCCUUCUCUGUCAGGAAUGCCAUCUGCUCUGGCCCUGGCGAGCUGCAAGUCAAGGACAUGGCCUGCCAGACCAAUGGGUCCCGGACGAUGGGGACCCAGACUGUUCAGACCAUCAGUGUGGGCUUGCAGACUGAAGCCCUGCGUGGCAGCGGUGUCACCAGCAGCCCCCACAAGUGUCUCACGCCAAAGGCUGGGGGCGGUGCUACACCCGUGUCGUCUCCUUCCCGGAGCCUUAGGAGCAGACAGGUGGCCCCUGCUAUCGAGAAGGUGCAGGCCAAGUUUGAACGCACAUGCUGCUCCCCCAAGUAUGGUUCUCCCAAGCUGCAGAGGAAGCCCCUCCCCAAAGCUGACCAGCCAAAUAACAGGACGUCACCAGGGAUGGCCCAGAAAGGGUACAGUGAGUCAGCCUGGGCCCGUUCCACCACCACAAGGGAGAGCCCCGUGCACACCACCAUUAAUGAUGGCCUCUCCAGCCUCUUCAACAUCAUUGACCACAGCCCCGUGGUGCAGGACCCCUUCCAGAAGGGGCUGCGGGCCGCCAGUCGGUCUCGCUCAGCAGAGCCCCAACCAGAGCUGGGCCCAGGCCAGGAAACAGGCACCAAUUCCCGAGGAAGGUCGCCUAGCCCCAUUGGGGUGGGCUCAGAGAUGUGCAGGGAGGAAGGGGGAGAGGGCACGCCAGUGAGGCAGGACUUAUCUGCUCCCCCUGGCUACACCCUCACUGAGAACGUGGCCCGGAUCCUCAACAAGAAGCUGCUGGAACAUGCCUUAAAGGAGGAGAGGAGGCAGGCUGCCCACGGGCCCCCGGGUCUCCACAGCGACAGCCACUCGCUGGGGGACACAGCCGAGCCAGGGCCCAUGGAGGAACUACCUUGUUCUGCACUAGCUCCGUCCCUAGAGCCCUGCUUCUCCAGGCCCGAGAGACCAGCAAACCGUCGCCCUCCGUCCCGUUGGGCCCCACAUUCCCCCACUGCCUCACAGCCUCAGUCACCCGGAGACCCGACGUCCUUGGAGGAGCAUGGUGGCGAGGAGCCGCCCGAGGAGCAGCCACACCGAGAUGCAAGCUUGCAUGGAUUAUUACAGUAUAAUUCACUGUAAUUUGCAUAACCACACCAUCACCAUGAACAAAACUCUGCCCAAAAGGAGAGAUCUAGUUUUCUCAAGGUCAAAGAAUGUUUUUUAAAAACACACAGCUGCUGAAUGUUCAACCUGUGAAACUGAGAUGUUUCUACAAUGAAACAGUAAAUGUGCCUGUAAUAACUUAAUUUUUUUCAUAGCUCAGAAAACUAUUUUUGUCUCCAUCUUUUUUACACACAGUAUAUUAAACGAAAAGGUAAAUAAGGUAUAAAUAGAUUUAAAAAAAAACGUUUUAAAAAAUGUACAUUUGAAGAGAUUCUGAACAGCCUCGCUGUCAAUACCUGACUGCCUGUCUGUUAAAUUUGCACUGUUAUAUUUUGGUUCAGUUUAUUUCCAUGUUGAAUUAGAGUGGAUUAAGUUAAUUUUAUUUUGUCAGUGUUACUGUUUUUUAAGAAUUUUUUAAUGCUUCAGACCGUCUGAUUCAGUGAACUUUUUGUAGUGAAAAAGCCAUGAAGCCAGUAGACAAGACAGAUAUUCUGUAUACUGGAGGGGAUACAGGAUGAUUUUGAAAAGGUACAAAGUCCUCAGUGGGCUUAGAAAAUUCACUGUAUGAUCCUUAUAUUAUCCUACUUGGCUUGCACGUCUUCGGGUGCAUGUAUAUACCGCUACUGUGUCCUCGCCAUCACCUAAAUGUGACUCAGUCUGUUCCACUGUAAUAUGUUGUGAAUUUCCUUGUACUGUACUUUUAUUGUUGGUCUUCUUGCAUCGAUGAUCCAACAGCAACAACAUUUUUAAAUUAUUGUGAAAAGAUUAACUGGCAAUGUACAGAGUUUACUCAAAGUUUUCUUAAGGGAAAACACUACAAAAAGUCACGAGGAUACCAAAUGGAAACACAUGAUGGUGCCUCUGAGUCUGUGUGAGACCGUGAUGAAGUAGAAAUAAAGCCCUUCUGAGAUGGCA